CUCCGUCAGAGUGCUUUAGACGUCGCGCGAACGUGAGCUUUCGUCUCGGUUGAAGAAUUUGACAAUUUUUUUUGUACACACAAUCAGUAAUUAAUUUUCCCGAGGGAACAAAAAGUUCUUUCCCACAUCAUAAAAAUCAAAGUCCCAUAAUUCGCCGUUAUUUCGAUGUUUUUUUGUGCUUUAGUGGUGCGCCGAACAAACAAUUGAUUUGAAAUAUCAUAAAAAAAAAAAUCUCGAGGAUGGAGAUGGUGGAGACAAUAUCAUCGCUGGUGUCUCUGCACUGCUGGUCUUUUUUGCACAGAAAAUCCUCAUCUGGAGUGUAAAAAUGAGGGGUGCAGCAGUAUUAUGACCACUGGUCUUUCAAUGUUUCAGCACUCUGGCCACACUUGUGGAUGAGGCCGAGCCACCUUGGACCGGUGAGUGAUGUCUGAGAGCGACGGAGAGCAGGCGGCUAGGUCUAUGGCCUUGGAGCAGGCUUACGUCCACGAGGUUUAUGAACAAUGCGCCGAGAAGACCGCACAGAGCAAACAUUGGCCACGUAUCUAUAAAUUUCUUGAGGAACUCGAACCUGGGGCGCUUGUCUGUGACAUUGGCUGCGGAAAUGGAAAGUACCUCAGUGUCAACAACAACAUCUUCAAAAUCGGUGGUGACAGAUGCAAGCGUUUAACCGACAUAGCCAGGGAGAAGGAGAACGAGGUCCUAAUAUGCGACAAUCUCUCGUUGCCAUUCCGCGACGAGAGUUUCGAUGCAGUUCUCUCAAUAGCUGUUGUCCACCACUUUGCAACGACAGAGAGACGUGUAAAUGCCCUCAAAGAGCUCGCUCGAGUGCUGAGAAUUGGUGGCAAACUCGUGAUAUCAGUAUGGGCAAUGGAGCAGCGUCACAGAAAAUUCGAAUCCCAGGAUGUCCUGGUGCCGUGGCCUAAAGCCUAUUGCCUGAACUCCUCCUGCCACUGUGGAGUAUCUGGUGUGCCCUGUUCCAACCAGUCACGCAGGGAUAAUUCACCCAAGUGUGUGCUGCGAUCGAACAAAAAAUCAACCGAUCGACAGAAAUGUAGGAGUAGAAGUUAUUGGAUUGAUCCACUAUUCAGUCCCUCACCAUCCACUAGCAGUUUAUCCAGCCCCAAUGAAACGUGUUACAGCUUCUUACGUCGUGCUCUUCAGAAAUUGGCCGGAGGUAAACGAGGUUCGGGCAGCCGACCCUGGUUUCUAGAGGGUUUCCAAAAUGGAAGCUGUAAAAAUCGUCAUCACAUUUUCGAGUCCGACGAGUGUGCAGACGCCGACGACAUUCCCAUCGAAUUACGUCGUCUCGAAGACGAUGAUCCCACAAUCACUAAACCAACAGAUACUCUGAGCAUGAAGUCAAAGAGCCUAGGCGAUAUCCUCGAGACUCAGCGCCUUGACCUCGUGCGAUCGCGAUCCAGUAUUCCAGGAUUAUGCUCGACAGUGACACUAGAACUAAAUGUAGAGGAACAGUCAGAAAUCCCACCACUUGCCCCGUACAAGCCACGCUUAGUCAAACAAAAGACCCAUCUGGUGGACGAUACCUGUCUGGAAGUCCCUGAGAACACUGCCAUACAAGAACUUGUCAAGGAUCUUCCAGAAUUACCAUCGAAUCAACCCUCAACACUAUCCAUUAAGCGCCCGAACGUCCACAAACAAAGUUCAAUGAACGAGGAAUUGAUGUCUAUGGAACGACUGAUGGAGCGUGAACGUGUACGUGGUAACAUAAUGAAACAAGCAUCACUGAACGAAGAAAUAAUUUGCAAGCAUCCAACGCUCGAACACCUCCGUGACUCUCUGUCAUCAACUACAGCAAGUCGACGAUUUCAACUCCUGAAAAGUGGCCUUACGAGUCGUCUGAAGCAGUCAACAACGAGCAUGGAGAAGGUGACAACCCUGUCCAUAAAAAAUGGCUUUGUAAAAAUGCUGCAGAGCUGGAAAUCAUCAGAGUCAAAUCCCGAAGAGUCCGAGACGAACGCAGAAGCUAUGAAGAAUAAAUUGAUCGAGAAAAAUGUCCAGGCUGCUCCCAGCGUAAAAAAAGAAUCCGACACAAUCGAGAGGCGACUCUCGAAGGAAGAUGGCUCUGAUUCGUCAAAAGACAGUAGUUUGCAAAGCGACACGAGUGUUGAUUCAGAAGACAGCUGUGCCUCUGUUAUAUACGUGCCAAAGCAGGAGGCACCACCCCUCAUUGAUGUCAUGGGAGCAACUCCCAGCGGUUACCAGUUGAGAGCAACAUCAGCUCCACCAUCACCCAGAGUGAAGCAUCCUCCAGAACUCCACGUUCCCCGGUUCAAGCUCAUUUCGAGGUCUCCUCUAUUGAAACAAUUUCCAGCAACGAGUAAGUCCUUACCUCCACCGAGUCCCCCAGGAUUAUCACCGAGGACCGUGAAUUCUGCCAACGCAAGACCAUUUUUUGGAUCGAAUUAUCAAAAUAAUCCGAUUUCGUGCAGCUUCGAUAAGGUCUCUAUAAACAAACCUGAAUCUUCUCAAGCAUCUGGCGACGUCAAGAGUGAGAGUACCUCGGUUCUUCCCAGUUUUGAUAAAUUUUUAACAAGAGAUAAACAUUGCCCUACAGUUAUUAUUGAAAAAGUGGAUGCAACCGGAGGUGAAAAGCUUCCAAAAAUCAAGUGGAAUGAAGGUGAAACUCUCGAGCAAGAAAUGCCUGCUAUUGAAACAUCGAAGAUAAAAACUAAAAAGAAGACAGAAGCACCAAAGAUACAGGCUAAGGAGGACGAAGCUGUUCCAAGCAAAACACCGAGUCUCUGUGUGCUUGGAGGCUAUCGAUCAAUGUCCACGACGGUCGAUGAGGAUGAUCCUACUACCAUCGGGGACUCAAUGCCCCUCUUAACGGACACCGAAGAGGCACCUGAACACUCUAGCAACGAAUCCAUCAACGACGAUGACAGUAGAAAGUUCAGGUUGAAUCAGAUCAAGGAGUUACUCAGGCAGAAACCUGGAUUUGCUACUAGAUGUGCGAAACCGGCGUUUCCUCUGGUGAGACGUGCAUCAACUGCUACAUCUGGAAGGCUAGAGUCUGUCGCACGAACAUUGCCUAGGUUACUGUCACUCGAGUUAUUCAAUCCGGAGACUGAUGAUCUUGAUAGCGAUUCCAGUGGGGCUUCUUCACCGGAAUCAGCGGGAUCGGUUAUUAGUGUCAUUUCUGAUGAGAGAUUCAUUCUUAAAAAUGAAUUAUUAAAGGCGAAGGAAUCUGAGAUUUCAAAGGACUCGACAACCUCCACGUCAGAACCCUCGCCCCCCACCGAGGAGACGACGAGCCCUCUCAUAGCGGAAAUCUCCUCAUCAUCUCAAUCCCUGCGUCUUCUCGAAGCCGCUGCCAACGUGGCGAAUUCCCUGGAGGAUGCAGUUGUUCGAGUGAUCGGUUUACACUCCGAGGACUCUCGCGCGGCCGACAGCCCCUCCACCCAGAAAUCCCUUACUCAGACAAAAGUCGGGCAUGUGAGGAACCAUCUCCAAGAAACUGGAAAACUGUCCCCCGAGGAUAGCACGUGGAACGAGGAGUGCAGAAGGCACCUGAUCGAUUUUACCGGGAAAUUAUCGGAGAACCUUAUCCACGACAUUGAUCAGUACUGUCAGAAGACACGUCUAGAAUUCAACAACGAUUUGGAUGCGAAGAAAGCCACUAAUAUGGAUGUAACAAGGAGAAGUUCAGACACAAACGCCUACACCUCAGUCCUCUCUACUCCCACGUAUAGGAAGGACUCAUCUUCAAAAUUAUCCAGUCUGACGAAUAGCAAGUACAGCGAGCUGGUGGACAACACGAUAGCUUGGUUGAAAGGUUCAACAGGUGACACAGACUUCUCUGAAUAUGACAAUAAGUUGAGUCCCAUUCACUCGACCCCAACAAAAAUUCCGGAGUCACAUUCCCUGUGUCGAAGCACCUCCGAAGAGACCAUGGACUUCGUGAUGGUGUCGAAUACAGGUGAAGUCGAAGAGCCUACGACUAGUACGAACAAUGUCUUCGGCAGCUCUGGAACAGCACAAUCUGGGGAGCAAUGCAAGGGGGAUAAGUCUUACAUGAGGUUUGGGGGAUCUGUUGAGUCCAGUGACAUUGGGGAUUCGAUCGAGAAUACAGUAAGUCUGAGCGAUGACUCAACCGCCACCCGGAGAUUUUGUUGUGGUUCCACAACCUCACUGACAUCCAAUGUCGGUUACAAGAGUCUGAAGGAAAGGAGAAAGUAUCAGUAUACCAAACGAUCGGCUUCGGAGGAGAUACCUGGUGAAAAGUACGAGUCAAUCAGGUCCACCAAUCUCUCUGGCUCAUCCUCUCAGGAGUCUCUGCCAUCUGAUCGUGGAGGUGGGGCUAUCACUUAUCACCAAUACUACCACGUCUUCAGAGAGGGGGAACUUGAUGCUCUUAUCAAUAAAUACGUUGAGAAUCUUCACAUUAUAUCUUCGUACUACGAUCAUGCUAGCUGGUGUAUUGUUGCUGAAAAAGUUCAAGUCUGGACUAUUUGACUCUUGGAUUCAAUUUGCCGAGUAUAUGAAUUUUUUUAUUCUGUAAAAAUAGAUCUCGUCAGGGACCGCGUGAGAAAUUCAAUGGUGAUGUGAUGCAAUGGGAUGGGUUGAGACAAUUUUUUCAGAGUUGAAUAUCGAUUUGUCGUAGUGAUAAUUUAGUCGGGGGCGAGACUCAAAGAAAAUGAUUUGGUGGAAAUUAUUUUCGCUAGUGUCACGCUCUCGGGAAUAUUCGCAUGGCAAGAAAAGUCUAGCCGAAUUUCCUCAUUUCCAAGAUGAGAGAAGAAUUCCAAAAAAUUCGAUUUUAACCCAUCGUAAUUCACCACUCGUCAUUUGAACGACCUGAGGUAUGAUGAUUCCCUAAGAAGUAUUGAUUAAGGGAUUAAUGUAAAUAUGUAUCAUAAACUAUUUCCCAAGUAAGCGCACAGACCAUUAGAUACUUUGUUUUAUCAAAAUACCUUCUGUAGCCUAGAGAUUAGUAUUUAUUUAUCUAAGACGCUUGACCAAAAACCAAAAUAAAUGAGAACAUGUAUAUUAGCACGAGGUACAUGAGGAUUACAACAGGAAGUUUCCCUCCAAUGAGCCAUAUCCACAUCAGAAUGCAUGAGACCUAUCUGUUUUUUUUUCUUUCUUAUUGGGAAUAUUUUAGAGAUAUUGUACCAUAUCCAGAUAAUAUUAUCCAAUGGAGAUAAGCAAAAAAGGCCUGAGCACUUCCUCUCUGUACAUACAAGGGUUGUUGGUAGUUUCGGUGAUGAUGAAAAUAUCUCCACAAUAUUAUCGAAAUGAUUCGACGUUCAAAGGGUGAAAAUAAUUGAUGAUAUUACGUCAGGGUAUAAUGAACUAACAAAUUUACGAAUUUGUAUCUUAAAUAUUAAGUUCUCCAGUGGUUUCUUUUUUCUCGGAUUUUGAGUAGGGCGAAGUCGGAUUAAAGUUACGAGUGAAUUCAAUGAAUACAAGAAUUUCUAAUUAAAAGAUUGUGAUAUUUUUAAGUCAAGUAGUUUUCUUAAUCGGCCCACGCAUUAACUUCACUUUUUUAUCGUUAUUUUUUAUUAAUCACUUUUCUUCAUUUUGAUAAAAUCCUUUUGUUAAUUCAGUUGUAAAAUUUCACAUGUUUUUACGCAAAAUGAUAAUUCAUGACGUUAUCAAAAUAAUCUAGAGGAAACUCUUCAGCAAUAAUUCAAUUAAUUUUCAUGAUUAAGUAAUUGAUUUCGAAUUGUAAUAAUGGUAAAUAAAUGUAUGAUAAAGGGAACCACCUUAAGCUAAAUUAGAAAUCUCAAUGAAAAAAAAAAAGCCAAUAGAAAUUUCGUACAAUCCAAAAUUAGUUUGUACACUAAUUAAAAGAGCAGUAAAAAUAAAUAAAAUAUUGAAUAACGAGAGCUGAGAAAAAGAGAGAAGAAAAAUAAGACGAUUAAAUUAAACCAAAAAUAAUGUCAAGACUUCGUAGAAAUUUUCUAUGAGUAGACAAGAAUAUAAAAAGAACUAAAUUCAAAAGCGUGUUUACCAAAAAUCUAAAGGAAAAAACUACAAAAAAAUAUAUAUACAUAAAAUAAAUUUUAGAAAAAUGCGAAUCCAUCCCUAGCGAAAUACUCUGAUCUUAGGAAUCGAACCCAUGUAAUAAAACAUAUAAAUAAUUCAGUAUUGGGAAUGAAAUGAAAAAUGUUUAAAAAGCUCAAUGUUGUAACGACGCUCGGAAGAGGAAAAAAACAACUGCUACUAUUGCAUUAUUAGAUCGUAACAAAAAUGAUUGAAGCGAAAGCGACAAUGAAAAAUUACUUUAAAAAAAAAAACAUAAUUAUUCUAGCCCCGGCGCCUGCAAUUCAUUCUUACCAAGUAAUCUAAUUAUAAGAGGAAUAAUCCAAGUAAGGAAUAACACUGAGUUUGACGAAAAGUCAUGGCGUGAAGCUCGUUUAAGUCAAUUGUCAGGAAGAUCGAGCAUUAGCAACAUUUUUCUGACAAAUAUACUUGGACCACUUGGCUUCAUAAAUUAACAAAGAUGAUUCUUAAGUAAAGGAGAAAUCUGUUUAAAGAUACUGACAAUAUGUACACUUAUGUGAUUAAUCGAGAGGUCCCACGAAAUUUUGUAAGAUACGAAAAAAACGCGUUUCCCAGUUGUUUAGUGCUUGAAGAACAUAAGGUAAAUAAAAAUAUUUAAACAAA